AUGGAAUCUCCCGACUUACUGUUCCGUAAUUACGGGAAACGAAUCCAGAACAAAUGGAUUGCUUCAAGCUUAUCAGCGCCGCUGUUUCUUGGCCAGCAGCACUCUCAUCAGUAUUCGGGUGAUCCAAUACAACUAAUUACCGAAGAGCCUCUAGCGCUGUUUGGACUCCAGGUCCUCGUGAUGGUGUGUGUGUGCUGUCGUUGUUGUGUCUGUUGUAAAUGUGGACGUGCUGUUUCUGAUAGCUCCGGUGACGAGCCCUACAAUAUCCCCGGUGCCAAACAUAUCCCGGUACCCGUUUACGGAAAAUCGCAUCAGAAACGAAUAAAGAAGCAAGGUCCUCUUCACACGAAGUCGCUGGCUCCAGUGGUACUAACAUCGUUGAAAAGCGGUACGCCGCCCGAGCAAUCAUCACCUGUAGCCAGCGAUUCUACACGACGACGACGAAAGCACAAAAGAAUGGAUAAGAAAAGCAGCGGAGGAGGAUUUUUCCAGCGCUGGUUCGGUGGUGCGGAAAGAACUCCGGAACGAGGACAGACAGUGUCACCACCACGAACAAUGUCGCCAAAUCGUGACGAGAACGACUAUGCGACGAUCGACCGGAUCCGAUAUGGAAAGAGGGAGUGUGAGUGUUUCUCAGAAUUACUUUGA